CUUCCCUUCUCCUCAUCUCCACGCUCGCUUCCUUCCGGUCCUCUUCUCUUCCUCAUGUUUCCUCCCUCUCUUCCUUAUGCUCCUCUUCUCGUUCCGUUAUGCAAGGUAGAAGAAGAAGCAACCUGAGCUCUCUGCGAUGGGAGAGGAAGGAGGCUGUUCUCCUCCAUCAUCGCCUGUCUGCAGCAUGUGCGGCGACCGCGGCCUGCCGGAGGAGCUCUUUCGAUGCAAAACCUGCCAUGUUAGGUUUCAACACAAAUACUGCAGCAAUCUCUACCCCAAGGCUGAGGCUUAUCGCGCAUGUAACUGGUGCUUAAGAGACGUAGCGGCCGGCAAGCCCGUUGCUCCAGAGAACUGCACAGCUCAGAACACCUCCUUCUCUUCCUCCUCUAAUGGUGAUGUCGUCGGAUCAGCUACCGCAGUGAAGCUACGACGCUGCUCUUCAGUAUCGCAUCUCGACAAGCCCAUCAAAAGACAAAGGCUGCCUGAGAGGCCAUACGAAGCACGGUCACAAGCGAAGCAAGUCUUCAGAGGUAAAGUAAGGAGGUAUAAGUUGCUGGAAGAUGUCUCUAGCUGAGUAUGUGCUUCAGACGCACUCACUGCAGGGUUUUCCUGCAUGUAUCUUCUUAAUAAGAUACCAUGUUUUCAUGCUUUCGUAUUGGAUGGAUAUAUCCAACUAAGUUGGUAAAUUUGUGUCCCAA